CUGGAAUGCGGUGAAGUAUUGGAAGGAGAAUCGGGCGAGUUCCGGUCGCCAGGUUACCCUGUCGCUUAUCCAGACAACCUCAACUGUACAUGGACAAUUUACAAGCCCCGUGGGCUGAGCGUACUAGUUUUUCCGACGUUUGAAGUUGAAGAAUCGUAUACUGGUGAAAGGUGCGAAUAUGAUUUUGUCCAUAUUACCAUUGGAACUGGCGAUGACCAGGUGAUCCACGGACCUUUUUGUGGGUUCGAACCACCAGCUCCGAUUGUUUUUCACAAGCAAGUCACAAUUCAAUUUAUUUCGGAUGGAAUUCGUGCAUUCCAAGGAUUUGAAGCGGUAUUCCUUCUAGAACGCACAGCGAAGAGGAAACCAGAAAUUUCAACCCAGAAUAAUCUCAAGUGUGGCGAAGUACUGGACGGGUAUUCUGGACAGUUUCAUUCGCCAGGUUACCCCGAAAGUUAUUUCGAUAACCUCAACUGUACAUGGAAGAUUCGGAAGCCACGUGGCUUGAGCGAACUGAAAUUUGUGUCCUUUGAUGUUGAAGAAUCGUACACCGGUGAAAGGUGUGAAUACGACUUUGUCCAUAUUACUGUUGGAACUGGGGAUGACAAGUUGGUUCACGGACCCUUUUGUGGUUUCGAUCCUCCUGACCCAAUUGUUUUCCGACAAAAUGUCACGAUUAAAUUCAUUUCGGACAGCAUCCGGACAUUUAAAGGCUUUAAAGCUGUUUUUCGUCCAGUGAAAAAAUUCGGCCGGCGUGAGGCU